UACAGACGGAUGUUUAUAAGCAACGGACUUUGCCCCGCGCUACUGCGAAAACUGUGCCGCUUCUUACACUGGAAUUAGGUAAAAUAUACUUUCUGGAUCUUGGAUUUUUAUGUUUUGGCUGAGAAAAGAACCAGCAAGACAUGCAUGGAUCUAUAUACUGCAAGUCAUCAAGGAACUAGGUUAAAGAUGUAAUCCCAUGGAAGUCUGACCAUGACCUGUAAGCCACUCAUCUCCAUGGAAACGAAGGAUCUCUGACCUCAUUCAUGACUGCACUUUGUUUUCAUCAGAUGAAGGAAUAAAGCAACUUGAGCCACUGCAUUAUAACAUACAGUAGGCUAGACUUUAGCGCAGCUGUAUCACAUUAUAGCUUGUGUUGCAUUUUGGAUUGUGUUUUCUUUAGACCAUGUAGGUGUUAGGUGUACCACGUGGUGUUUUGAUCAAUAAAUGGUGUCAGACAACAAAUAACUUUGUUGUCGAUUACAAGCGCAUUACCAUUAACAGGAAAUGCCUGUUUCACAACUUGAUGUUCGCACCUCCGAUGUGAAUCCCAGACCCAGGGGUUACGACUUCUGGUGCCAAGUUUUUGCGAAGUGAUCGCUUCAUCAGCGAUUGACUGACGAUUAGAAACAUGGACAAGCUGGUGAAGCCAUCAGCAUCGACGUCUCCGCCGACGGCCAACAAUGGCAAGCGGGGACCGACAUGCUCCCUGAGCGGGAGUAGCUCCAGCGAGGGGGAGGGGUCAGACCAUGAGGAGAUACCCCCCUCCCCCUGUAGCAGCACCUCCAGUGGACCCACCUACGUGCGCCCUCCGGGGUUCAAGCACCAUGGACAAGAAAUCAAGGUCCAGGAACAGAGGCCAAAGGUCAAUACUAGUGUGCGAAUCAAGCGCAAGAUCAAGAGACAGUCUAUGAUGAAGGAUGUGUUGCCGCUCAGUCAUGUGACCUCUCACCCUGUUACCAAGGUAACGAUGGAGGAGAAGACGACUGGGGUCCAGGUCCUGCCGCCCAGUGGGAUGAAAACUAAAGUCAGGAAAGAACCGAUUCCGAUGAGGUUACGAGCCCUCCCACAAUCCUUUUGGCAGCAGCCUAACACCGUCAAUUCAGCGUCUCCUGGCUCGAUGUACUCCGUUCUUCCUCCCCUCUGCAAAAUGGAACAGUCCAACUCAGACCUGGCAGAUAUCAGACCGGUGACACCGCCCUCAGAUGGUGAGAACGUUGAGAGCAGAGAGGGAGAUCAACCUGAUGUCAGGUUAAAGGAGAGGAAGGACACCCUCGUUGACAGAGACUCUUUAGUCAUCAAACUAGAGAAAGACAAAGAAAGAGACUUAUCGCGUGAGAGGGAGGUCUCCCCUAGAGAUCGAGACUAUUCCCCUCGAGAAAAGGACCUAUCUCCUCGUGACAGGGACACGGGCAGGGAGAAGGAGAGUCCACGGGAUAAAGAGAAGGUGCGCGACGGCCUCAAGGAGGGUCCAGGGCUGGAGUCCAGUAAACAGCUCCCUCUAGAGGCCAAGAAGAAACACCCGAGACCCCCACCAAGGAUAGUGAGAGUAUCUCCAGCUAACUCAGAGCUGCUUGCGAAGCUUUUUGAAGGGUUUGAUGGAGACGGCAAAAAGAAGAUUGUUAGGAGAGGAAGGCCGAAGCGAGAGUAUAACACUCAAGCAGCUGUGCUAGCAGUAGCAGCAGCCCAAACAGCAGCCAACACCUCUAACAACAACAACAACAACACCACCCCAACCAGUGGCAACAAUGCAAGCAACCCUGCCACCACCCUCCAUCACCCCUACCUGACCGGUGACGACCCAUACAUGAUUGACAGCGUCGCAGAGGGCCUCCUCCCGAUGUUAUCCUUAGAGACGAGUCGGCAGAGCAGCGGCCCGUCGUCGCAAUUAGCCAUCGUGACGAUCCGCGGAGAUAACAAUCGCAUGCUAUCACUACCCUCGCUUAGUGUCGAACAGAAUCAUUCCGCCAUACUUUCAGAACUUGUGAAAGCUUUAUGAAAUUUAUCACAAAAUGUACUUAUUAAAUGAUACCAUUGCCAAAAUUUGUCUUUAACAGAACUCAAUUAAUGUGUUGAGAAAUUGAAUGUUUUACCAAAUUUUGCACACUUUCUCUGCUGAGUCCUAAAAACACAUACAUUUUAUGUUCUUUAAAGGCUUUUACUUUAUUAUCCAAACCACAAAUUACAUUUAAAUAAUUUGGGGGAUAAAGCAACCAACAUAUACACACAAUUGUCUAUUGUCUUGGUAGCUAAGUAUCUAAAAAAAUAUUUUUAAAAUGCAUUUUUUAAACAUUAUCAAUUGUAUUUCAAAUCCUUGAAUUGCUGAAUGGACAUUACAAAUUCAUAAAUAUCUCUACUAAAUUAGAUUGCUUACAAUCGAUGAAUUCAAUCACUUCUUUUUUAUUCAGAAUUUUGAAUGCUGUUUAUCCUCUGAAAUAGUAAAACACAGGUGCAUAAUGAACUGCUUGAAAUCAUCUGCCCUUUUUAAUACAUUGAUGACACUUUAAGUGAAUAGUUAUUUAUUUUAAUACAAAGCUUUAUUCAUGCCAUGUUUUAAAUCUUUUUAGAAGAAAAAGGAUGAUAUAGUUUUGUUUAUACUGUAGGUCUUGCUUUACAUUUCAUGUACAUGUAUAUACUCAAGACUUGACAUUUUUGUCAAAGCCUUUUGAGUUCAUGAUUGUAUGCAACGUACAUGUGUACAUGUUGGUUGUUGUAGUGGUUGUAAAUAAGAGCUGUGAACUAUUCACUUUUUAUUCCAUGUUUUUCAAGUUCUUAAUUGUGUGUGAAAAUUAUUUACCAUUUCCUCAUGAGCUAGCUAGUCGUGAAUUGUCAAGCUACUUAACAUCUGUAGAUCAGAUGAGUAUUAGCAUACAUCGCUGCAUGUGAUAUUAAUAUCCGAAGUGGCACUAAAGAGUUAGUAGCAAUUUGCUUUGAAUUUGUAGCUUCAAAUUGAGACAAAUGUUGAUGUAGAUCAUCAAGAGGAGUCAAGACUGGUAAAAGAUUCUGAUUAUUUGUAAGUCACAAAUAUCAUCAAGUUUGUUCAGGACUAUCAAGUGUUCCCCAUCACAUUUAUAUCUCUAUAUAUUAUAUAGCAUUGAUUCAUUUCUCUCCAAUGGACCGGUUUACUAACAUAUUCAAAAUUAAUGCCUACUGAAAGCUUGUCUGAGGCUUACCCGACAUAGCAACAAGUUAUACAUGCAGACUGGAUUCCAAGUAUUGUAGUUCAUUCAUUAAUAACAGGUUAAUGGAGUCACUAGGUCCCCAGUGAAGA